AGAAAUGAAAUUGAAAAUGCAAAUCGUGCAUUUUAUGGAAUAGCAAAAUUUCCGAAAGUUGUCGGAUGUAUCGACUGCACACAUGUCAGAAUUCAGUCGCCUGGUGGGGAAAAUGCUGAAGUAUUCAGAAAUCGAAAAGGUUUCUUUUCUUUUAACGUACAACCUGUCUGCCACACAAAUUUAGAAAUAGCUGACCUCGUAUGUAGGUGGCCUGGUUCUGCGCAUGACAGCAACAUAUUCAAUAAUAGUCGGCUGAAGCAUCGUUUGGAGCAGAAUGAGUUUAAAGACUGUUUUUUAUUGGGGGACAGUGGAUAUGGUGUCAGUAAAUAUAUGAUGACACCACUCUCACAUCCAACCACUGCUGCAGAGCGGUUGUACAAUGAGUCGCAAAUACGUACUAGAAACUGUAUAGAAAGAUGUUUUGGCGUAUGGAAGCGUCGAUUUCCAGUGCUAUCAAUUGGAAUAAGACUUUCUCAGGACACGACCAUGGCGGUUAUUAUCGCCUGUGGAAUUUUGCAUAAUAUAGCUCGGCAGAACAAAGAUGCAGACCCGCCUGAAGAAGAACACUGUAACGUUGGAGAUCCCAAUGAAAAUUUAAUGGAGGCGUAUGAUCCUAUACCCGAAACACAGGGCGGUGCUUUUAUGAGGUCGAGCUUAAUAAGAGAUUAUUUUGGAAGAUUAUAAUGAUAUAUAUGUUGGAACCAUUAUCCGCAAUCUGUAAUUGGGAACGCUAAAUCUGCAUGUUUCAAUAAUAAAAGGUUUGCUCAGAAAAUAAUUUUCUCGCUCCCUGUUGACAAAAUAGGCUCCCUUAGCAAGG